GCUAAUACUUUAUUUCUUUUAUAUUUAUUGUUUGUAUUAUUAUACGUUUUUAUUUCCUGCCAUUGUACUGUUCCUCAUUCCAGUUCGGUAGGCGACGGUAAUGCACCUGAAAGCUAGUUUGGCAACCGUCUAAAAGAAGAAGAAGAAGAAGAAGAAGUCAGUUGGGGGCUAAAAAUGGACCUGCUGAACGUCAGCACUCCGCAGUCUGUGGAGUCUGGCGCUCAAAACAACAUUGAUAGUGCCCCUUUAGUGACUUCUGCUACGGAGCCAGAUAAAGUAAUAAACAUUAAAAUUGAUAGUACCCAGAUUGGAGGAAAUGCAAGUGACGAGGAACUCUUGAAAGGUCUCCUUACUGACCAACGCUGCCAUGUGUGUGAAGCUGUGCUGUUGUUUGAGUCUCAGCGACUGUCACAUUAUGAGGGGAAAAAACAUGCCCAGAAGUUGAAGCUGUACUUGCAUAACAAGAGAGAUGAAAUGAGACAUACAGAUUCGGCUGGACUGCUGCACAGCAUGCCGACCGAUAAGGAUCGUUGUUGUGAGCUGUGUAACAUGGUGUUUACAUCUCCUGUGGUAGCAAAGUCACAUUAUGAAGGCAAAGUCCACACCAAAAAUCUCAGAAAACAAAGUAUUCAUAAGCCAGAGAAUAACACAGAGGUCAGCACUUUACCCAGUCCUUCGGUGGACUGUGCUACUGAAGACCACAUAUCAGGAUCAGGGAACAGUACAGACCUGACAACUGAUCCAAAUGCAGCCAGUUCAGACUCAAACAAGUACUGUGUUUUGUGUGAGGCCUCCUUCAAUAAUCCCCAAAUGGCACUGCAACACUACAGUGGCCGCAAGCACCAAAGGAAGAAGGCCAGACAGGAAAUGUUCAAAGAGCUUGAAGUUGUCCAUGAAGAGAACCCUCUGUCAUGCGCCAUAUGUAAUUUGCAAUUCAACUCUGUGGAAAUGUACCAAGCCCAUAUGCAGGGGAACAAGCACCACACCAGGGAGAAAAAGGUCUUCAAACUGUGCAAAUCCCGACAGAAAUCCUAUAGCACAUUCACCGAUGAGCUUGCACAUUACAUCGAAGUCCAGAAAGCUCGUGGACUCGCACCCAAGAUUGGCCUGACUCUAUCUAAGGAUGAACCGCAGAAAGGAGAGUUAACUGCAGGAGCUGGUAGAGAGCACGUCAGCAAAGACGGGCAGAAGAUUGAAGUGAGUUGCAAGCCCUCUGAUGUCGGGUCCAUGGUUAUGUGGUUUCGAGUGGUGGACAAAUCCGGCAUGGAGUUCCUGGCAUCUUACACCAACAAUGGCAUGCAGAAGUCAACGAGUGACUCCAUGUCCAACUUCAGUGACCUAAGAAUCCGUGAGGACAUCAUCAUUCUAAAGUCCUUCAGCAAAGCUCGUGACAGUGGCAUUUACAGUUGUGCAUCUCUAAAAAACAACCAGCUGAAAUUCGGCGACAUCACCCGACUGACAGGAGAAAACGAUGGUGUGUCAAAACCUCCUGAGGCCCCCACCGUCAAACUCAAUCCAUCCACGACCACUUUACCCUGUGCUUGUGAGAAUGUUACUAAGCAAGGUCACUCCAUGUUGUGUAAUCCCAUCAUACUGAUUCCACUAGCAGGCAGUUGUGGCCUUCUUCUCCUACUCAUCCUCAUUAUUGUGGUGUACUGCAAUCAAAAGAUCUUCACUUUACUGCAGUUGAAAUGUUCUGUUGCAGGUGUGAGGACACGUAGGUGCCCACAUCAUUACAAAAAGAGGCCGCAGAAGAAAAUUGCUCCUGGAAAACAGCAGCAGCAGCAGCAGCACACUUGAUCAUUGUACACAUUAUAAACAUUCUAUUGUGUUGACAUGUUCUAUUCCAAAACUGUAACUAGAUGCAUAAAAUAGUUAACAUAAUUCAAGUACUCAACAAUUCCAUUUUUACAACUCCCUUCAAUGUAGUUAGUUCAGUUUUAGCGGCGAUGAGCCUUUAUUUGUAAUAUUUGUAAUAAAUUGAGUUACAUUAUUUUUAGUUAAAAUCUCAAUUAGUAGUAGUCAUAUGGUAAUACUUUAUGCCCAUUAAUGAAUGAUGAGCAUGUAGACAGACAAAGAAUAUUUUAUUUCAGUAGGCUGAAUGUUUACCUAUCCCAAUGAUUGUCCAGAAUAUUGAAAUAUGGAUUUUGUAUUUUAUUUUAUGUAAAUUUCUCUAAAGAAAUUUUAAUUGUGCAUUAUUUGUUCACUGUUUAAAAUUAUACUGUUUUUUUAAUAACCUUACUGUUUGUGAUUUACAAAUACCCAAUUAGAAUUGAAUUUUUAACUUUGUAUUUUUUUUUAGAUUAUAUAUGUGGUAAAUCUAAGAGUACAGUAUUUUAAAAUUCCUACAUUUGAGAUAGUAGUUAUAUAUAAAAUGAAACAUCAAAGAGCACACAGACAUUUUAAUUAAUCAGUGAAUUGUCUUUAUUUGUUUUAUCACUUUCUGAUUGAAACAAACCCACUCAUUGCUUCACUAUCAGUCAUUCGGGAUGCUAAAAUAUAUUGGUAGACAUUCAAUGGUUUUAGCAAAAUAGAUAAUGUGUGUAAGCCCCCCAAAGUGAACAGGAAGUGGGCUGCUAUACCGUUCUGCAAAGUGAAAAACCACCAAGUCAGGAGUUUUUGUUCCUGUUCAGGUUUGACACACCCACACACACACGGAUCCCUUGCACGUUAAGAAAAAAAAUUUUUAAUGAAAGAUGUUCUUAGCAGUAUUUAGCCCACUCAUCAAAGUAGCCCAUGUGUUUUUAAUUCCUUUUAGGCACAAAUGGUUUGGAAAAUACACAUCUAUUGAUUAUUAGAUUCAUUAGUGUUCCCAUAUCUAAAAUAUGUCACCGCUCUUGA